AUGACUAUGGAUGUGGUCAGAGUGAAGGCUGUCAAUCCGGUGGAUGCCAAGGAAGACGAGUGUGAUGACGAGGAGGAAAGAGAUCUCUACUACUACUGCCUCUCCUCAUCUCACAAUCUCCCCUUUCGUACUCUCUCUGCCCGUUCCCUGUCCUCCUCUUCGACUCGGUACGACGUCCCAUCUUGGCCGUCCCCUCCCAUCCCUCAAAACCCAGUCGGUCCCUCUGACCCGGUAUCUCCUUCAUCCUCUACCACUUCCAAUCGCCAUGACUCUUUCUGGCACCAAUGGGUAUCUUCGGCCAGCUUUCAAGCCGCCCUCACCACGAUGGUAGGACUCGGAAUGGUGUUCGGCGCCGGGGUCGGCUACCUGGAAUGGUACAAGGCCCAUGUUUUGUCGCGUAUGGAACGAGCAUUUGAGCCUGGGUAUGAUCCUGCGUUGGAACUGUCGACUCUACAUGCUCCUAAUGCAGCCCACAUCGAACGAAAGGAGCAAGGAUUGAUAGAUCGGAUAGUGAGAGGAGAGGAACGGGGUGGUUACUACCUCAUCAUAGGUCCUAAAGGUUCCGGUAAGGGAACUAUGAUUCUUGACGCAGAGGGAGCUUCUUUUUCCCACCCCGACCUCGAAGUGUUCCGAUUACGACUUGGAAAAGCACUCGAUUUCGACUUCUUCGAAGACUGGCAGGGAUCAUUAUUCAGUCGAGCGGAUCCAAGACAAGGAGGACCUGCAUUGGAUGUUGAACGUGCGUUGAACAAGUUAGAGAAGGUCGCCUUGCGGUAUGCCAAGAAACACAAGCGACCUUUGGUGUUGGCGUUCAACAGUAAGUCUCGAAUCACUCUCUGUCUCAUCGGUAUCCUCACCAUGUUAUUCUCCACCGAUGACUUUUGGUGUCUGGAUAUGAUGAAGAAAAACGCAUCACGUAUGCGUAUCGUCAGCGUGUACGAUCUCCCAGCUGCCGAGUCCAUCCGUGCGUUACAACGACUACGACGCGCUAGUCUUCUCCAGAUCCAAUCUGGUCUUGAAUCGGAAGAAGUCAAAGUGGAAAGCGAUGACAUCCUCAGGCAGGUGUAUGAGUUAGUGGGAGGUAGAACCAGCUAUCUAGCUCGUGUGGCAAGAGCACCAGAUAUGUUAGACGAAGCUAGGUAUAUGGUAGAGAUGGAGAAAGAAUGGUUGUUGUCAAGAAUUGGUCUGAUACCGGAUCACGACGAUGAUGUCAUGGACGAGCAAAAAUGGGCCAGCUGUUCUUGGCUACUUCUUCGACAUUUAGCACAAAAAGUCCCACCAGUUACCGAAGAUAUCACCAUGACCACAUUGGACGAAGAUCUCGAAAUGGCAAAAGUGUCUUACGCAGAAGCUAGAGUUAUAUCCACUCGAACUGAUUUCCUCCAACCUCUCGAUCAAGCACAUAUCAUUUCAAUAGAUGUUCAUCAUCAUGUAAGACCUGAUUCGGUGUUACUUCUUAGAGCAGUCCAAUCGGUCAUUUCGGAACCUGGAUUCGAUGAAGAUUUGGAUAAAACUCGAAAUAGGAUAGAUGAAAUCGAAGGAUUACAUAGACAAUCUGAAUUGACUGUGAAAGAACCUUUCAGAGUUGUAGUAGGGAAAAAAGAAGGUAAGACGGUGUUGGAUGUCAUAGGAUUAGGUGGAAGCUUUGUGUCUACCAAUGAAGAUUCCGAGAAUACUGAGGAUCCCGAGGAUCCCAAGGAGGAAUUGAUCCGUGUUGUUUGA